AUGGCUCAUGCGAAGAGGUUUUCUCAAAUCCCCAUGUCUAAGUGCAUGAGAGAUCUUUGUAAAGAGGAAGAUUACACUUUCUUAAAAAGUCUUGAGAAGCAGGAUGAGAGUCUGGAGGAGAGCACAUGUGUGGAGAGUAAAUUUCAGGAAAAGCAAGAAGAAAGGAUCCGUCGUCGACAGGAGCUCAAGCAGCUGGAACGAGAAAAGCAAUAUGAGAUAGAGGAGCAGCAGAAGGAGAAAGACAAGCAGUGGAAAAGCCAUGUGGCCGAGCUGGAUGUCCAACGCAAGGCCAUCCGUGCAAAACUAGACAGACUGCGAGAAUUUAGGGACUUUCAGAAAAAGGUUGUGCUUCAGGAUUUGGGUCUGGAUCCAGGUUCUGCAAAUGAAUCCGUCAAUCACCUUCUUAGGAGACUGUAAUUGUGUUUACUAGUAAAUAAUGAAAUGAAGGAUUUUAGUAUUAAAUUAACUUGC